ACAUCUGCGAGAAACUAAAACCUAUUUCAUUUCAGAUUUACAAUUUUUGUUUCGUCUCCAUGGAUGAAGAAAAGCAAAGCUAUCAACACCCUGAGAUUGAGAAGAAAGGGCAAAAGCGAAAACUUGAAGAAGCAAUUGAAGAAGAAGAGGACGAACUUGAAAUUGAAGAAGAACAAGGAACCGCAUCUCUUACAUGGGAGCGUAUUCAAGUAAUUGAAUAUGAGGUUACCGAGCAAGUUUCAGUCUUGAACUCAACUUUUUCUUGGGGUGUAUUCGAUCGAGCCGCGGCCAAACGAGCGACCAGUAUUAUCGCAGAUCUCGCUAAAUCUGAAGAAACUGUGAAUGUGAUUAUAAAUUGCAAUGCGAUUCCAGCUCUUGUGAAGCAUCUUCAAGCUCCUCCAUCUCCAUUUCCUUCAGGUGGCGAUGGAAAUUAUGAGAAGCCUUUCGAGCAUGAAGUUGAGAAAGGGUGUGCUUUUGCCCUUGGAUUGCUUACUAGCAAGCCUGAGCAUCAACAACUCAUAGUUGAUUCUGGGGCUUUACCACAUCUUGUGGAUCUAUUAAAAAGGCGCGAAUGUGGUUGUAACUCUCGGGCAGUUAAUAGCAUUAUUCGAAGAGCAGCUGAUACAAUCACCAACCUUGCUCACGAGAAUGGUGGAAUAAAAACUUCAGUCAGGAUUGAAGGUGGACUCCCUCCUCUUGUUGAGCUGCUUCAGUAUCCCGACACAAAAGUACAGAGAGCAGCUGCAGGGGCAUUGCGAACUCUUGCAUUUAAAAAUGACGAAAACAAGAAACAGAUUGUUGAAUGUAAUGCUCUACCUAUUCUCGUUUUAAUGCUUCGUUCAGCUGAUGCUGCUAUACAUUCUGAGGCGGUUGGAGUGAUUGGGAAUUUGGUCCAUUCAUCCCCAGAUAUAAAGAAACAAGUGCUUCUUGCUGGAGCUUUACAGCCUGUUAUUGGCUUACUCAGUUCUUGCUGUUCAGAGAGCCAGAGAGAGGCAGCUCUGUUGAUUGGCCAGUUUGCCACUACAGAUUCAGAUUGCAAGGUUCACAUUGUUCAGAGAGGUGCUUUGCAACCUCUAAUAGCCACGCUUCAAUCUACGGAUCUUCAACUUAAGGAAAUGUCAGCUUUUGCUCUGGGAAGAUUGGCUCAGGACACCCAUAACCAAGCUGGCAUUGUUUAUAAUGGUGGCUUUUUUCCCUUGCUUAAACUUCUUGAUUCGAAAAAUGGUCCUUUGCAACACAAUGCUGCAUUUGCUCUUUAUGGUUUAGCUGAUAAUGAGGAUAAUGUUUCAGACUUCGUCAAGCUUGGAGCUGUCCAAAAGCUGCAAGAUGGAGAGUUCAUUUUCCAGGCAACAAAAGAUUGCAUAGCCAAAACUCUGAAAAGAUUAGAGGAGAAGAUCCAUGGACAAGUAUUGAGUCAUUUGAUAUAUCUGAUGCGUGUAGAAGAUAAGGUUGUUCAAAGAAGAGUUGCUUUGGCUCUUGCUCAUCUUUGUUCCCCUAAUUACCUGAGGGAAAUAUUCAUUGAUAACAAUGGAUUGGAGUUGCUUUUGGGGCUUCUUGGUACUACAUCCGUGAAGCAUCAGAGAGAUGGCUCUCUGGCCUUGUACAGCUUAGCUAACAAAGCCACAUUGCUCUCACCCAUCGAUGCUGCACCUACAUCUCCGACAACACAGGUUUAUCUGGGAAUACCAUUCGUCAAUAAUGCUACAGACUCCGAUGUUACCUUCUUAGUCGAAGGCACACGAUUCUAUGCACAUAGGAGCACUUUGCUUGCAUCUUCAGACAUAUUCCGUGCAAUGUUUGAUGGUGGUUACAGGGAAAAAGAUGCGAGGGCUGUAGAGAUUCCUAAUAUAAGAUUGGAGAUAUUUGAGCUGAUGAUGAGGUACAUUUAUACAGGCUCAGUUGAUGUUCCGAUAGAUAUUGCAGAAGAUCUCCUAAGAGCUGCAGACCAAUAUCUCCUGGAGGGCCUUAAGCGUUUAUGUGAGAAUACGAUUGCUCAGCAUAUAUCUCUGGACAAUGUUUCAAGCAUGUAUGAACUUUCAGAGGCCUUCAAUGCUUUGUCCUUGAGACAUUUGUGCAUCCUAUUCAUUUUGCAGAAUUUCGAGAAAUGGAUUAGAAGGCCAGGUUCUUUUCAUCUGAUCAAACGAGCAGUACCUGAGAUCUGUGGCUUUUUCUCGAGAUCACUUCCAAAGAGGAAUCACUUUCCUCAAGAGUAAGUGUGACUAGUAGUCUGACCUGUUGAAGCUCUCUAAAGUGGGCGGCAAAACUUUUGUACAGUAGGGCAUAUGUAUUUUUGACUCCAUCAACCCUCGCAGAGUAAAUUGGUGGUAUCUUAACGAAGUGCUGAAAUGAUAAAAGGCCGAAAUUAGAUCACUUUUGAGUCGUGAGAUUAGAUCACUUUUGAGUCGUAUUUAUGUAAAUCUCGACGUGUGUAAAAGAAUUUGUAGAUUUUGUAUUAUUCAAAUUAACCAAAUAAAAAGAAGGGAAAAUCUGGAAUAUGUCCCGUUUUCA